GUAAGGGAUUCCGGCCGUGCACGCCUCCUUCGGCGCAGGUGCUCCGAGGUCCGCGCCCCGGCGUCCGUCCCUCUGCUCCACGGACCCUUUCGGAAGGAAAGUCGCCUUUGCUUCAAAGUGAGAGGAGUUAGAGAGGAAGGAUAGAAGAUGAACAAACCCAUCACCCCAUCAACAUAUGUGCGCUGCCUCAACCUUGGACUAAUUAGGAAGCUGUCAGAUUUUAUUGAUCCUCAAGAAGGAUGGAAGAAGUUGGCAGUAGCUAUUAAGAAACCAUCUGGUGAUGAUAGAUACAAUCAGUUUCACAUAAGGAGAUUUGAAGCAUUACUUCAAACUGGAAAAAGUCCCACUUGUGAAUUACUGUUUGACUGGGGCACCACAAAUUGCACAGUUGGUGAUCUUGUGGAUCUUUUGGUCCAAAACGAGUUUUUUGCCCCUGCGAGUCUUUUGCUACCAGAUGCUGUUCCCAAAACUGUGAAUAUACUACCUUCUAAAGAAGCCAUAACAAUUCAGCAGAAACAGAUACCUCUCUAUGGCAAAGACAGGACAUCUGUUAUACCUGUGCAGAAUCCUGAACAAAACUAUGUGCCACCUGACUCCUCAAGUCCAGAAAAUGGAAGCUUAGAAGUCAGUGAUACACGUUUUCACUGUUUUUCAUUUUAUGAACUGAAGAAUGUCACAAAUAACUUUGAUGAACGACCCAUCUCUAUCGGUGGUAACAAAAUGGGAGAGGGAGGUUUUGGAGUUGUUUAUAAAGGCUACGUGAACAACAGAAUGGUAGCAGUGAAGAAGCUUGCAGCAAUGGUUGAUAUUAGCACCGAAGAACUGAAACAACAGUUUGAUCAAGAAAUAAAAGUAAUGGCAAAGUGUCAACAUGAAAACUUGGUAGAACUGCUUGGUUUCUCAAGUGAUGGAGAUGACCUCUGCUUAGUAUAUGUUUACAUGCCUAAUGGGUCAUUGCUGGACAGACUGUCUUGCUUGGAUGAUACUCCACCACUUUCUUGGCACAUGAGAUGCAAGAUUGCUCAUGGUGCAGCUAAUGGCAUCAGUUUUUUACAUGAAAACCAUCAUAUUCAUAGAGAUAUUAAAAGUGCAAAUAUCUUACUAGACGAAGCCUUUACAGCUAAAAUAUCUGACUUUGGGCUUGCACGGGCUUCUGCGAGGUUUACUCAGACAGUCAUGACUAGCAGAAUUAUGGGAACAACAGCUUAUAUGGCACCUGAAGCUUUGCGAGGAGAAAUAACGCCCAAAUCUGACAUCUACAGCUUUGGUGUGGUUUUACUAGAAAUAAUAACAGGACUUCCAGCUGUGGAUGAACACCGUGAACCUCAGUUAUUGCUAGAUAUUAAAGACGAAAUUGAAGAUGAAGAAAAGACAAUUGAAGAUUAUAUUGAUAAGAAGAUGAAUGACAUUGAUUCCACUUCUGUUGAAACUAUGUACUCUGUUGCUAGUCAGUGUCUGCAUGAAAAGAAAAAUAAGAGACCAGACAUUAAGAAGGUUCAACAGCUGCUGCAAGAAAUGACAACUUCCUAAAAUUUGACUGGAAUAGACUCUUGGCUUUUAAUAUACAGCUAUCUAACCAUUUUUUAAACUUAAUUUUUUUUUUUUUUAAAGAUUGGCAUCUGAGCUAACAACUGUUGCCAAUCUUCUUUUUUAUUUUUUUUCCUGCUUUUUUCUCCCCAAAUCUCCCUGGUAC